GAACGUAUUUAUAUAGAUAUGUCAAAUAGGAAUCGGCAGUAUUGGUUUGUGUUUUGUGCGUAUGAUUAAACAUUACUAAAAUGGCCAAAAAUAAUAAGACAUUUUUUUUAAAUGUUUCUACAAUAAUAUGCAACAAAUUAUUUUUGAUAAUUGGAAUUGCAUUGGCGAUUCUCGGAGUGACGCUUUACGUAACCUUUCCUUGGAUCCUGCAAAGUCUAAUUCGGAUUGCAACGACCUUUAAGCCGGGUUGGAAGGCUUACAAUGAAUGGAAAUGCAAUCCUGAGCCGUAUUACUUCGAUAUAUACUUAUUCAAUUGGACAAACACUGAAGAUUUUUAUAAUCCAGAUGUUAAACCAAAGUUCGAGGAGAUCGGCCCUUACCGUUUUUUGUUAAACAUAGAGAAAAUGAACGAGACUUGGAGCGAAGGAGAUACGUUUAAUUACAGCAUUGCUAAGAAGUUCGUUUUUGUAAAGCACGAAGAUUCGAGGGAUUUAACAGAUCUGAUUACUAGUAUUAACCCAGUGCCUUUGUCCUUAGCUUACCAAUUCAGGAACAGCAACUACUUCACCAAAUUAGCCAUUUCAUUAACACUGAGAUCGACUAAGUCUGAAAUGUUCGUUACGAAGACGGCGGAUGAGUUUUUGUUCAGAGGUUUCGAAGAGCCCACGCUUGAUGCAGCCAAUAAAAUACCAUUCGUUAAGAUCAUGGAUAAAUUUGGGUACUUCUAUAAGAAAAACUACACGGAAUAUAUGUACGGUCCUGUGACGAUGCAUAAAACCCAAGACGAAAAUUUCGCGCGGCUCUCCACGUACAGGAAUAAGAAAAAUCCCGGUUUCUUUGACGGAAAAUGUGGGACGACGGAUGGCAGAAUUGGGGAAUUCGUGGAAACAAACCGAAACAGUUCGAAAAUACUCAAAGUUUUCGUGCCGGAAAUUUGCACCUACACGUACUUAAAGUAUAAAGAACAAAGGGUGUACAAAGGUGUUGUUUCCGAUUACUACGAAGCGCCUAAAACGUUGUUCGAUAAUGGAACCGUAUAUCCUGAAAACGAAUGCUUUUGCAACGGUCAAUGCGUUCCGAGCGGCCUUUUAAACGUUUCCUCUUGCAACGAAAACGCACCGAUUUUCCUUUCUCUUCCUCACUUCUUCCAUGCCGACCCUUCUUACAGAAACGCAGUGGAAGGAAUGAAACCGGAUCCGGAUAAACACAAUGUUUUCACGGCUUAUCAAAAGGACUCCGGAGUGGUAACAGCUAUCGGGCUUAGAAUACAAGUAAACGUAUUAAUACAACCCAUCAGCGGAUUUGGUAUGUAUUCGAAUGUGCCAAAAUAUUUUAUACCUGUGCUCCACAUCAAUGAAACGGUUUUGAUGACGGACAGCGUUGCGUCGCAGAUGUAUAUAAUCCAAGUAUCGCCAAAUAUAUCGACCUUGAUUUCUUGCCUUCUAACAGUAAUCGGUGUUACGUUAUUUACUUACGGUUUUAUGAAGAAGAAACCAAACAAAAACGAUAAUAAAUUGUACGAUUUGUAUGAUAAACAGGAAUUCCAGAAGUAUAUCUACAACGAUAACUUUAUCAAAGUCAUUGAUUAAAAAAAAUGAAGUAAUAAUUAUUACUUCAUUUUUUUGUAAAUUGUAAAAUUUCA